CAGACGGCGGGCCCGCGCGGUACCGGCGCGGGGGGAGGACCGGCCCCAGGGACAGAGAUUGGGAGGGCUUCCAGGGACUCCGGGUAGAUCGGUAGUUUCCCGCCUCUAGCCAAGAACCAGCGUGUGUAUGAGGGUAUGGUCAAGGGGCGACAGGUCCGCGCGUGGCAGGGGCGCGGGGAGCGGGAGGGCGAUCUUAAGCUUCUCUCCAAGCCAGGGUCUGGCCAGGAGAGGGGGGGUUCCCUGUCCGACGAGGCGGGAGCGCUUCUGCCUUCUCGGACGCCCUUGGGAGCGUCUGGAGAGGGGUGGAAGCGGGGGCAGCCGGAAUCCCCUCCCCAGCCUCUAGGAGGGCGAGACCCAGACACCCCUUAUGCCUUGUGGUCUACAAGGGGCCGCGGGGGGCAUCCGGAUCCCGCAGACCCUGGGCGGAGGGCUGCCGUCGCGGCCCAGCUGCACGCAGAAGUAAACAUCUGUCAGCGGCGCGUUCCAGCCGCGUUCCCUGCGCGCCGCCGCCGCUGCCGCCGGGGACACGGUGUCCUCCGGCAGACGGAGGCCGUGUGGCUGACCAUCCCGUGCACGCAGGCUGAGGAUGCAGCGCUGGAAGGCGGUGGCCUUGGCCUCGGUGCUCUGCAGCUCCGUGCUCUCCAUCUGGAUGUGUUGGGAAGGCCUGCUCCUCAGCCACCGCCUCGGACCCGCGCUUGCCCCGCUGCGCCGGCCGCCUCGCACCCUGGACGCUCGAAUCGCCCGCCUGGCCCAGUACCGUGCACUGCUGCAGGGCGCCCCGGACGCGGUGGAGCUUCGCGAACUGACGCCCUGGGCCGGGAGGUCCCCGGGUCCGCGCCGUCGGGCGGGUCCCCGGCGGCGGCGCGCGCGUGCGCGGUCGGGGACCCGGCCGUGCGGGCUGCGCGAGCUCGAGGUGCGCGUGAGCGAGCUGGGCCUGGGCUACGCGUCGGACGAGACGGUGCUGUUCCGCUACUGCGCAGGCGCGUGCGAGGCGGCGACGCGCGUCUACGACCUGGGACUGCGGCGCCUGCGCCAGCGGCGGCGAGUGCGGCGAGAGCGGGUGCGAGCGCAGCCCUGCUGCCGCCCGACGGCCUACGAGGACGAGGUGUCCUUCCUGGACACGCACAGUCGCUACCACACGGUCCACGAGCUGUCGGCGCGCGAGUGCGCCUGCGUGUGACCCUACCUCACCGGGCCUGGCGAGACGGCGGCCACGCCCCCCGCCCCGACAGCACCCACCGUCCCGCCUGGCAAGCCCCGCGACAGACUGCCCAUGCACAGAAAAUGCCGUCGAGAGCUCAGGACUCUCGCGAUAACUGUACCAAGAUAAAGUGUGGAAAAUCGAGCCCCGGCUGUGAUUACGCGCUCGGGGGGUGCCCACAUCUCGGAGGCGCAUGAGGGCGUACGGGGAGGAGGCGCCAUCUCCGUUGGGAAAAGGGGGACGGGUGCGGGUACCACCUGCAGGAUGGUGGAAGGAUUCCAUUUGCUUAGGGGUGGAGCUCUGAUCUACAGCCUGGCACUGUCCACUAGAACUUUCUGCUAUUGUGGAAAUGUUCUAUAUCUGCACCAUCGCGUGCACCCCUAUGGCUCUUGAGUCCUUGAAAUGCAGCUGUUGUGUUGGACAGAGUUUUUAAUGCUAAAUUAAAUUUAAAAAAGGUUCUCUCUUCUGUAAAUCGAAGACAACUUCAAGAUAAAAAGUAAAGGCAAAGCCAAAAACAGCCUCUGAUAGACAAUUCAAUGAUUGGAAAAACUUGACAGUACAUUUGGGACCUCCUGGAAGGGCAAAUCUGCUCCAGCGAGACAUUUUUAUGGAGUCUAAUUACAGAUCCAGGAUCUACGACGAAAACUGAGUGUCCGAGUUAGGUGUGCUGGGGGUGUGAAAUACACCCCUGGUUUCUAAGACUUAGGACGAGAGCGAGACAGUAAAAUUGUCUCAAUACUUCCUCUGUUCAUUACACAUGUAAACAAUACUACUUUGGAUCUGUUGGGUUAAAGAAAGCAUAUUAUUAAAAUUAAUUUCACCUGCGUCUUUUACAUUUUUAAAGUCGUGGCUACUAGAAAAAUAUUAAUUACAUGUGCGGCUUGUGUUCUGUUUCUACUGGACAGCAUGUGCUGCUCUAGAAUUUCUAAAAAAGGGAAAUGAGGGAUAAUGACUCAUUAUUUGAAACACACUCACCCUCUGGCCAGAGGGAUUGGUGCAAAGGCCCACAGACAUGCCAACAAAACAAGGGCGUUUUGGAUAAGCUACCUGUCCAUUGAUGUGGGACUGGUCGAAUUAUGGUCCCUUCUGACAACGGAAUACUAUGCAGUUGUGAAAAAUGAAUAAAAGCCUGGUUUUGGUAUUAGGGCAUCUUUGUCUGAAAAAACUUAAAAUAGAACUACCAUAUGAUCCAGCAAUCCCACUCCUGGGCAUAUAUCAGGAGAAAACCAUAAUCUGAAAAGAUACAUGCACCCCAGUGUUCACUGCAGUACUAUUUACAAUAGCCAAGACGUGGAAGCAACCUAAAUGUCCGUUCACAGAGGAAUGGAUGAAGAAGAUGUGGUACAUAUAUACAAUGGAAUAUUACUCAGCCAUGAAAAAGAAUGAAAUCAUGCCAUUUGCAGCAACAUGGAUGGACCUAGAAACUAUCAUACUAAGUGAAGUAAGUCAGACAGAGAAAGACAAGUAGCAUGUGAUGUCACUCAUAUGUGGAAUCUAAUUAAAAAUGAUACAGAUGAACAUGUUUACAAACUAGAAAUAGACUUACAGAUACUGGAAACAAACUUCUGGUUACCAAAGGGGAAACGUGGUGGGGAGGGAUAAAUCAGGAGCUUGGGAUGAACACACACACACUACUAUAUACGAGACAGAUAACCAACAAGGACCUACUGUAUAGCACCGGGAACUCUACUCAAUAUUCUGUGAUAACCUAUAUGAGAGAAGAAUCUGAAAAAGAAUGAAUAUAUGUAUAUGUAUAACGGAGUCACUUUGCUGUACACCUGAAACUAACACAACUUUGCAAAUCAACUAUACUCCAAUAAAAUUAACAUAAAAAUUUAAAAAAAUGAAUAAAGCCACUGUAUUGGCACAGCUCUGCAGGGUGGAUCCAGGUUUUCUGGAAGCUGAACUUCCAUAUUUUGGGAGCCUCUCUAAGAAACGGCAAAGAAAAUUGAGUCCAGACUUAGAUACAGAAAGUAAUCUUUAUUUAGGGGUCCCUGAAGCUUAAGCUUCAUCCACUUCAUGGUAAAUCUAUGUCUGCCUGAUAAAAAACAGGUUCCAGAAUUAAGUAGCUGGGUCUAAAUCUGCAGCGUCCAAUAUGGGGGCCACUAGCCCAUGUGGCUAAUGCAACAGAGGAACAGAAAUUGGGAAUGUCAGUAAAUUUCAAAUGUAAAUUUAAAAACUGAACAACGUAAAACAAGUUUGUUUUUUUUUAAUUAAACACUACCCCUUUCACUCCAGCCGUUGAAAAUUUAGCAUCCAAAUAGAAACGUCCUUAAAGAGUAAAAUACAUGCCAGACUGCCAAGAUUUCAUAUGAAAGAAAGAAUGGAAAAUAUCCUAUGUAAAGUAUCUCAUUAGUAAUUUUCUAUGUCGAUUACAUAUUGAGAUAAUGCUUUGGAUGUAUGGGGUGAAAUAAGAUAUAGCAUUAAAAUUAAUUUUACUGGUACCUUUCUAUUCUUUUUAAUGUGUCUGGUAAAAAGUUGAAAAUUACAUAUGUGGCAGAAAUCAGUUUGGCGGUUCCUCAGAAGGCUGAACACAUAAUUCCAUAUCACCCAGCAAUUCCACUCCUAGAUAUCUACCCAAAGGAACUGAAAAGCAGGGACUCUAAGAGAUAUUUGUAUGUCCAUGCUCGUAGAAACGUGAUUCACAAUAGCCAAAAGUUGGAAAC